CGCUGCGUGCCCUGCCCGGCCGGCGGCGGAGCAGCCCCGCGGCGCUGCCCGGGGCGCGGAACUGAGCGGCGGCCUCGGUGCCGUCCGCGCUUCCCGGCCCCGAAGGAUCCGACGCGGAGGAGCAGUUCGGGAGGGACCGACAACAUGGCUUCCCCGCCGCACCAGCAGCUGCUGCAUCACCACAGCACCGAGGUGAGCUGCGACUCCAGCGGGGACAGCAACAGCGUGACGGUGAGGAUCAACCCCCGGCAGCAGCAGGGCUGCUCCUCGGCCAAGCGCUGCAAGUACAGCAUCUCGUCCAGCUGCAGCUCCGGGGAGUCGGGGGGCACCCGGCGGGCGGGCGGGGGCGGCGGGCCCGGCCUGCGCCGGCAGAAGAAGCUGCCGCAGCUGUUCGAGAGAGCAUCGUCCCGCUGGUGGGACCCCAAGUUCGACUCCACCAACCUGGAGGAGGCGUGCAUGGAGCGCUGCUUCCCGCAGACCCAGCGCCGCUUCCGCUACGCCCUCUUCUACAUCGGCGUGGCCUGCCUGCUCUGGGGCAUCUACUUCGGCGUGCACAUGAGGGACAAGCAGAUGGUGUUCAUGGUGCCGGCCCUGUGCUUCCUCUUGGUGUGCGUGGCCUUCUUUGCCUUCACGUUCACCAAGGCCUACGCCCGCCGCUACGUGUGGACUUCGCUGACGCUCACGCUCCUGGUGUUCGCGCUGACUCUGGCCCCGCAGUUCCAGGCCCUGGAUCCCCUCUCUGGGAGCGGUGAUGUGUCCAACAGGACGGCUCCAACUGCUCCCACCGACACCUGCCUGUCACAAGUGGGCAGCUUCUCCAUGUGCGUCGAGGUGCUCCUGUUGCUCUACACGGUGAUGCACUUACCCCUGUAUUUAAGCUUGUUCCUGGGGCUGUCCUACUCGGUCCUCUUUGAAACCUUUGGUUAUCACUUCCGCGAUGAGAACUGCUUUGCGCCGCUCGGAGGCGGCGCGGUUUAUUGGGAGCUGUUGAGCAAAGCCUUCCUUCACAUCUGCAUCCACGCCAUCGGCAUUCAUUUAUUUAUCAUGUCUGAAGUCAGGUCCAGAAGCACGUUCCUGAAGGUGGGGCAGUCCAUCAUGCAUGGGAAAGACUUGGAAGUGGAAAAAGCCCUGAAAGAGAGGAUGAUUCACUCUGUUAUGCCCAGAAUAAUAGCUGAUGACUUAAUGAAACAGGGCGACGAUGAGAGCGAGAACUCCAUCAAACGCCAUUCCACCUCCAGCCCCAAGAACAGGAAGAAGAAGCCCUCCAUCCAGAAAACCCCCAUCAUAUUCCGGCCGUUUAAAAUGCAGCAGAUAGAGCAGGUGAGCAUUCUGUUUGCGGACAUCGUUGGCUUCACGAAGAUGAGCGCCAAUAAAUCUGCCCACGCGCUGGUGGGGCUCCUCAACGACCUCUUUGGGCGCUUCGACCGCCUGUGCGAGGACACUAAAUGUGAGAAGAUCAGCACACUAGGAGACUGCUACUACUGUGUGGCCGGCUGCCCCGAGCCACGGGCAGACCACGCUUACUGCUGCAUCGAGAUGGGCUUGGGCAUGAUCAAAGCCAUCGAGCAGUUUUGCCAGGAGAAAAAGGAGAUGGUCAAUAUGAGAGUCGGCGUCCACACCGGGACGGUGCUGUGCGGCAUCCUGGGAAUGAGGAGGUUCAAGUUCGACGUGUGGUCCAACGACGUCAACUUGGCCAAUCUGAUGGAGCAGCUGGGGGUGGCUGGGAAAGUCCAUAUUUCAGAAGCUACUGCGAAAUAUUUGGACGAUCGUUACGAAAUGGAGGACGGCAAAGUGACGGAGCGGGUCGGUCAGAGCGUGGUGGCCGACCAGUUAAAAGGACUGAAGACCUAUCUGAUCUCUGGUCAGAAGGUGAAGGAACCCCAGUGCAGCUGCUCGCAAGCCUUGCUUCCCAGCUUGGAGGCUGGGGAUGGAGCCAGGAUGCAGGCAGCUCCCUCGGCUGAGAACGCCACUGACUCCACCAAGGCUCUAAAACACGUGGAAAAGCCAAAGCCUUGCCCUUCAUGUAGUACCACCCUUGUUCCCCACUGCGAUGUCAGCAUAGACGAAGGAGCUAUCCAAAAUGGUUGUCAGGAUGAGCAUAAAAACAGUACAAAGGCUCCAGGAGGACAUAGUCCAAAGACUCAGAAUGGACUUUUGAGUCCUCCACAGGAAGAAAAGCUGAGCAACAGUCAAACCUCGCUUUAUGAAAUGUUGCAAGAGAAAGGAAGAUGGGGAGGAGUGAGUCUGGAUCAGUCGGCUCUCCUCCCUUUGAGGUUCAAAAACAUCAGAGAAAAGACAGAUGCCCACUUUGUGGAUGUGAUUAAAGAGGACAGUCUCAUGAAGGACUACUUCUUUAAGCCGCCUAUCAGUAAGCUGAGCCUGAACUUCUUGGAUCAGGAUCUGGAGAUGGCCUACAGGACGAGCUAUCAGGAAGAGGUGAUAAGGAACGCACCUGUGAAGACAUUUGCCAGCGCUACCUUCAGCUCCCUCCUGGACGUGUUCCUCUCCACCACAGUCUUCCUCAUCCUCUCUGUCACCUGUUUCCUGAAGCAUGGCAUGGUGGCAUCCCCUCCUCCUCCUGCUGCCGUCGUGGUGUUUGUCAUUGCCAUCCUGCUGGAGGUGCUGUCCCUCAUCAUCUCAGUCAGGAUGGUUUUCUUCCUGGAGGAGGUGAUGGCUUGCACGAAGCGUCUCCUGGAGCUGAUCUCUGGUUGGUUGCCGCGCCAUUUCCUCGGUGCCAUCCUGGUGUCUCUCCCAGCUCUUGCAGUUUUUUCGCACUUCACCUCUGAUUUUGAAACAAACAUACAUUACACCAUGUUUAUGUGUUGUGCCAUUCUGAUCACCAUUGUGCAGUACUGCAACUUCUGCCAGCUUAGCUCCUGGAUGAGAUCUCUGUUGGCAACCGUAGUAGGAGCAGUGCUUCUCAUUCUGCUCUACGUCUCCUUGUGUCCAGACAGCUCUGUGGAAACCUUGCAUCUAGACUUGGCACAAAACCUUAGCUCCAGGAAGAGUCCGUGCAACAGUUCGAUGCCAGCUGAUGUGAGGAGGCCUGCAGACCUGAUAGGUCAGGAAGUGAUUUUGGUGGUGUUCCUCCUGCUGCUCCUGGUCUGGUUCCUGAACCGCGAGUUCGAGGUCAGUUACCGCCUGCACUACCAUGGGGACGUGGAGGCUGAUCUGCAUCGCACCAAAAUUCAGAGCAUGAGGGAUCAAGCCGACUGGCUGCUGAGGAACAUCAUCCCGUACCACGUGGCCGAGCAGCUGAAGGUUUCUCAGAGCUAUUCCAAGAACCACGACAGCGGCGGGGUGAUCUUUGCCAGCAUUGUGAACUUCAGCGAGUUCUAUGAAGAGAACUACGAAGGAGGCAAGGAGUGCUAUAGGGUCCUGAACGAACUGAUUGGGGAUUUCGAUGAGCUGCUGAGCAAAUCGCAUUACAGCAGCAUUGAGAAAAUCAAAACCAUCGGGGCGACCUACAUGGCUGCUUCGGGACUGAACACGUCGCAGUGCCAGGACAGCAACCAUCCCCACGGGCAUUUGCAGACCCUUUUUGAAUUUGCCAAAGAAAUGAUGCGAGUGGUGGAUGACUUCAACAACAACAUGCUGUGGUUUAACUUUAAACUUCGCAUUGGCUUUAACCACGGCCCCCUGACCGCGGGGGUCAUUGGCACCACCAAGUUACUGUACGACAUUUGGGGUGACACUGUGAACAUUGCGAGCAGAAUGGACACCACCGGCGUCGAGUGUCGCAUACAGGUGAGUGAGGAGAGCUACCGCAUCCUGAGCAAGAUGGGGUAUGACUUUGACUACAGGGGGACGGUCAAUGUGAAGGGGAAGGGUCAGAUGAAGACCUACCUGUACCCCAAAUGCAUGGACAACGGGAUUGUGCCACAUCACCAGUUGUCUAUAUCUCCAGACAUUCGGGUUCAGGUGGAUGGCAGCAUUGGGCGAUCUCCCACCGAUGAGAUUGCCAACCUGGUGCCUUCUGUACAGAGUUCUGAUAAGGUAGCCCACGGCACAGAUAACUCAGAAACCAAGGACGCUCCUCCUUCCUCCAAGAAGCUCCAGAAAGAGUCGACGAAAGCAGAAGAGAGGUGCAGGUUUGGCAAAGCUGUAGAGAAGACUGACUGUGAGGAAGCAGGAACUGAGGAGGUCAAUGAACUGACAAAGCUAAAUAUCUCUAAGAGUGUAUGAUGCACUGUCAGAGUUGCAUGAAGUGCUCUGUCAAUAGAAACACAAAGACAUUUGCAAUUGGCGGUUUUCUUUUUCAAGAGAGACCUUCUCAACACCUGGGUUGUACGUUUGUGUUCAUUUCAGCGCCUGGUGCUGUGUGGAUCACAGCUCUUCAGGGCUCGUUUUCAUCCAUCUCUCUCCUCCAUGCCCCAAAUCACAUCCCCAGCUCCCCAGCUCCCUGUGCAACCAUCUUACAGCUGAGUAGAGGAUAUUAAGUGCCUUCAGAUAUACUCCAUUGGACUCCCUGUCAAGGUACAGAGGCCCCAAGUGAAAUCAUAGCUUUGGGUAUUUAUCUAAUUUUAAAGAAAAGAAAAGCUGUGGUUAUAUCAUUUUUAUUGUUGUUUCUCACAAAACACUUUUUUUGGCUGAUGCAACUCCUUGGGUUUUUUAUAUCUACCUGAACGAUAUUUUACUGUUAUCAGACCUUUUGUAUGUAAACACACAGACCAACGUGCGUGUAUCUGCCGCGUGAGACUGACAUCAAGUGCCAGUAAGGAACCACAAGUGAAUGUCUGGGCAAGGGGGUGACAGCAUUUUCCUUUGGAUUGGGCUGGAGGAGGAGUUCUGCAGUGGCUCAACAUGUAGGUAGAGUAGGCUGAACAACUGCUGUAGUUUUAUUCUCCUUUACCGAUGCUUUCUUCAAACUUAAUGUGCCAUUGUGUGCUUUGGAUACACUUCUUUUCCGUAUAGCCAUUGAGUUACUGAUGUGUGGGAUGGAAGCGGGGGUCGGACUGCACCAGCUCUCGGGACAGGCUUCCAGAAGCAGCCGAGUGCCCAGAGGAGCGUUUUCUGUUUGGGUCUUAACGUGUCUAAAAAGUGUUUCAUGUUACUCCGCUCGUCGGCUGAAUUGGUGAAGGUAGGUGAAGUCGGUGCCUCCAGGCUGGUCUGAUCCGAGAGAGAGAAAAAAGUCAAAUAAAUGUUUUGGAGAUGCUUUUAUUUAUUUAUUUUA